UGUUUCUCCAAUAUUUAACUUCCGGUCUCCUACCGGAAAUAUGUAAAUGCGCAAGCGCGUCUAGGUUCCAGAGAUUUCGCUGUGGUGUUCAACAACAAAACGAGACGUAUUUUCCUCACAUCGUACCUGACAUUGUCUAUGAUUUCUCGACCACUGAGACAUUUCUAACCACAGCCAUGGUGUGUAUUCCCUGUAUCGUCAUCCCUGUCCUUCUUUGGGUCUACAAAAGGUUCCUGGAGCCAAUUAUUUAUCCAUUCAUUGCACCUUUUAUAAAUACAUUCUGGAACAAAAAGCCUGUCACUGAGGCGAGUGACACAAGUGACCAAAAACUAGGUGAAAAUGGUAUUUGCAAGAGCGAGAACAAUGGUGACGUCACUGCCAAUGGAGCUACGCUAACAGCUGAUAAGAAAACAGAUUGACAGCAUCAAUUCUGUAUAUCAUAUCUAACAUACUGUAAAUAUUCCAGUGAUGGUAUAAAAAAUUUAAAUAUAAGAUAAACAAAUGAAUUGACUUAAAUGUCUUCUAUAAACCCUGGUUUUCUAACUUUCUAACUCUAAAAUGUAUGAAUGUUUUUUUCCCACUGAAAUCAAGAACAGUAGUUGAUGUUAUAUUGUGCAGUAAUAUAUGUAUUUUAUUUAAUUUUUAAUGUCACAGCAACUCUUUCUCAGACACUCAGAAUAAAGACGUUCAUUUUCCGCCGUCACUCAGCUAUGCUUCUUUUCAAACCACUUUCAUUUUCAUGUCUAAAGGAAACAUAAAAAGUAAUGUAACAUCAGAAGAAUAUUGCAUUUUCACUAAUAAAGCUGUGGGUUCUAUAGAAAUGCAAAUCCAUUAUUUUUCAAACUGACAUUUAUAUUUGGUUCUUGGUUUCCUACAUUUUUUUUCUUGUUUUGUGAAAGACCAAAUGUAUGAAUUGCUCUAUUUCCAGGUGUGAAAAAAUUGUUCUAUAGCUGUUUUAAAUAAAAUUAUUCAUGAGUCUGAGUAAAA